ACCGAAUAUUAUCGCCCCCCCCACCGUCCUCACCAUUGGAGCCCAAUCCAUCUCUACAACCCCAAGCAUUGGUCAUUGAAGUCGUACAAACUCGAGCAUUGCCAUCUGGACUGGUUUAACAGCACCAUCGUCGUGUACGGGAGCUAGAGUCGGGCAACUUCCGCAUAUGACAGCAGCUCACCUCCUGCCCCUGUCCUCCUCGACCGCAACUCCUCGAUAAUUUUCACUCCAACACACACAACAAUGUCAUCCGGUUUGACGCGACGGAGGGGCGGCGGCGGAGGCACGGCAAGCGGCGAUAACGACGAGAACAGCUCGAGCCGCGUUGCAUCGCCGGUGCCCAAAGCCGGAUCCUCGAGGGACCAGCCAGAAACGUCGUACGAGAGCGGCGAGAAUGGACACAAGAUUGCGUUUGAUCCGCGGGACAUGAAUGAGAGCGCGGAGAGGAGUAAACAGCCGAAGUUGACUAUGAUGGAAGAGGUUCUCCUGUUGGGCCUCAAGGAUAAGCAGGGCUAUUUGUCCUUCUGGAACGAUAACAUAUCAUAUGCGCUUCGAGGAUGUAUUGUCAUCGAGCUGGCUUUCAGAGGUCGUGUGAGCAUGCAGAAGGACUCCUCAAGGAGAAGAUUUCCUCUGGCAGACCGGAUUAUCGAAGUUAUAGACGACACACUUACUGGAGAAGUCUUGCUGGACGAGGCGCUCAAGAUGAUGAAAUCGAGCGAAAAGAUGAGCGUCAGCUCGUGGAUUGACCUGAUGAGCGGCGAAACCUGGAAUUUGAUGAAGAUAGGCUACCAGCUGAAGCAAGUCCGCGAGAGGUUGCUGAAGGGACUUGUCGACAAGGGAAUCCUACGAACCGAGAAGAAGAACUUCCUCCUCUUCGAUAUGGCCACACACCCCGUCGCCGACGGCGGACCGAAAGAAGAGAUAAGGCGACGCGUCCGAAACGUCCUCACACAGCGAACCGUGGUACUACCGGCGAGCCAAUGGCUCCCAGAGAACCUCGAGUUCAGAAAUAUCCGCACCAUCUCCAUGGUCUGCGCCGCCUACGCAGCCAACGUCCUCGAGAACGCCUUGGCGUCCCUUGGCCACGAGGCCAGGGAACGGGCCUUCGCGCAAGUGGACGAGCUCUUGGCGGAAUACAGCCAGUGGCCCUUUGGAAAGCGCGCGGGAGCUACAAACGGAGGCGUGGGAGCCAACUUGAACCAAGUCGUACAGGAUGAAAUCAACGAAGGGAAGGAUAAGGAACUCCAGCUCGAGGUCGUCGCCGCGUGUCUCAGCGUCUUCACCCGGCUCGAUUCUCUCCUCUAGAGGACCGAUCGAUUUGUCCUUUUUUGUGCCAGACAUAUCUCCCCCACGCUCACUCCUCAGCUCGGUCCUACUACGACUAAUGGAAAGUUUCUUGUCUCUCGCAGCGAUUUUUGUUUUGUCGGAAAUGGUUUGGAGAAAAACAUUAUAGGUUUCGGUACACAUUAGGCAGCGGGGGGAUGGGGCAAAGGGCGUGCCGCUUCUCCUGGCCGCGACUGGGAGGGAGAAGAGUACUAUUUUCCUUUUCGAUGUGUAUACCUAGGUAGCCAGCUUGAGUGUUGCUUUCUGCGACCUGGCGUUAGACAACUAUUAUGAUGACCUAAUGUGGUUUACCAGUUCAUUGUAGUGACCAUGUCGGAGCCUUAAUUAUUGCAUGCAGUUGCACAUAUUCACUCAAU